AACAGUGUCACACACACACACUCGAUUUCCGUAUCAAGCAAGUAUCCAUUCAUCACCCAUCAAUGGUGGUUUCUUACCCCACAAAACAACACAAACACAGUACAAUACAAGACAAUCCAUAUCCUCUUUCUCUCUCAUCAUGUAGCUCACUUGCUUCAACUACAAUCCUUAUUUCAUCAAAAAGAGUGAUACCCACAAAGAAAGAAAAAAAAAACAAAGAGAAAAUGAGUCAUAUUGAGUUGAUGACAGUGGCGCCACCGCCGGCAACGUCAUCAUCGCCGGCGCCGACGUCACUUGCACCUGGAUUCCGGUUUCACCCGACCGAUGAGGAACUUGUGAGGUAUUACUUGAGGCGCAAGGUUUGUCGGAAACCGUUUCGGUUUGAAGCUGUUUCAGAAGUUGAUGUUUACAAAUCAGAACCUUGGGAUCUUGCUGGUUAUUCAUGCCUGAAGACAAGAGACCUUGAGUGGUACUUCUUUAGCCCAGUAGACAGGAAGUACUGCAAUGGUUGCCGUUUGAACCGUGCUACUGGUAGUGGCUACUGGAAAGCAACCGGAAAAGACCGAGCCGUUCGCCACAAGUCUGAAACAAUAGGGAUGAAGAAAACACUAGUGUUCCAUAUCGGGCGGGCCCCAGAUGGAAAACGUACUAAUUGGGUCAUGCAUGAAUACCGACUUGUGGAUCAAGAAUUGGUGACAGCUGGCAUAGCACAGGAUAUGUUUGUGCUGUGCAGAAUUUUUCAGAAGAGUGGUUUAGGGCCGCCAAAGGGUAACCGUUAUGCACCGUUUCUCGAGGAAGAAUGGAAAGAUGACACAACCCUUUUUGUUCCUGGUGAAGAGACUGAAGGUGAUAUGGCACCUGUCGAUGAGACUCGGGCUCAAGGAAAUGACAUCGUGCAGGAAGCAGCUGCAAACGCGAUCCCAUUAAGAAGCGAGCCAAUGUUGGACCCACAAACCAUUAUGUUUGUCUGUAAACGCGAAAGGUCUGAAGACUGUGUUGUAGACCACGGGCCCGAGCUAGAAACCAUCUCUCUAUUCCACAACAAAAAGUCAAAACAGAGCGUUGACCCGAACAACAAUGGAAACGGUUCAGAAGACUCGACCACAAGUCAAGACCCAACUGCACUCAUGGAGUUCCCUCUGCUGCAGUCUCUCGAAGCGGAUAAAAGUCAACCCUCAGCCGGUCAACCCGCCUUCCACGCCUCGACUCUUGAAAAAUCAGUGCCACCUGGAUACAUAAAGUUCGUUAACAAUUUGGAAAAUGAGAUCCUUAGCAUUUCAAUGCAAAGAGAGAGGUUGAAGAUUGAAUUGAUGCGUGCGCAGGCGAUGAUCAACAUUCUUCAGUCCCGGAUUGAUGUGUUGACCGAGGAGAACGUUGACUUGAAAAAGGCCUGUAGGUAAUUUCAUGUCGCGUGAUGCCACUUAGAUUCUGUAGUUUUUUGGCCCUUGGAUAUGGGAACAUCGGCUGCUAUCGAGGUCUAGUUUGUUUUGUGCAUAUGUAACCCGUUUUCUAAACAAAUGUUAGACCAUCUUAAGUUUAUUUAAAUAAAGCUUUGGUUCUCUACCAA